UAAUGCUAUUAGUCCAUGCUGGUUGUCGGCACGAGAAGUAAAGAUGCAUCCAGGACAAUAAUAACGAAGUUUUCAAGCCAGAUCUUUAGUCUGAAGGUGAUUUCUUCCUGGCACUCUCCUCUAAGUAGUGGGGAAAAAUUACACAACAUGGCUGAUGACGACGAGAACCUUUACCGUUGGGAAACGGCAUAUGAACGUACAUGGGAGGCUAUAAAAGAAGAUGAAGCAGGUUCACUACAAGCUAGUGUUGCUGAGAUUACUCAGAAAACGAAGCGUCGGCGCUUAUUGGAGCGUAUUAGUAAUGUUCGUCUUGGUAUGAUGCGUCAUUUGUUUCUGAUUAUUGAUAUGUCUGAAGCCAUGGUGGAUCCUGAUUUAAAACCAAACAGAUUAGCAGCUACUGUCAAACUUGCUGAAAAUUUCAUUGAAGAAUACUUUGAUCAAAACCCUAUUAGUCAGCUUGGUAUUAUUGUAACACGAAAGAAAAGAGCUGAAAAAGUUACUGAACUUGGUGGUAACCCAAGACGUCAUGUUGCAGCACUGGUCGCUGUUAGUAAAAAUCCAUGUCAAGGAGAACCUUCUCUACAGAACUCGAUUGAAAUGGCAGCACAAACACUAAAACAGAUGCCUAGUCAUGCCAGUAGAGAAAUUCUUAUCAUUUUUGGUAGUUUAACCACAUGUGAUCCUGGAGACAUUCUUAAUACAAUAAAAACAGUUAAAGAAAGUUCUAUCAGGUGUUCUGUGAUUGGAUUAUCAGCUGAAGUGAGAGUUUGCAGAAAGCUUACUGCAGAAACAAAAGGAGACUAUCGAAUUAUCUUGGAUGAAUCUCAUUUUAAGGACUUAUUAAAUGGACAUGUUAUACCUCCUCCUGCAUCAGGAAACACUGAAUCCUCUCUCAUCAGAAUGGGUUUCCCACAUCAUCAACAGUCUAUGGACAAAGAUAAAGAAGACAGACCGUCAAUGUGUAUGUGCCACCUUGAUGAUAAAGCAUCUCAAAACUUCAGUAGUGGUGGUUAUUUUUGUCCACAGUGCAGAAGUAAAUAUUGUGAACUUCCUGUUGAAUGCAAAGCUUGUGCUUUAACAUUAGUGUCAGCCCCUCAUUUGGCUCGUUCAUACCAUCACUUAUUUCCACUUGCUAAUUUUAAGGAAGUAGUAGCAACAGAAGCUGUCAGUGAUAAACCUCAAUUUUGCUAUGGUUGUCAGAUUUCUUUGAAAGAAAAAAAUAUAUAUAUUUGUACCAAAUGUGACCAGAACUUUUGUAUAGAUUGUGACUUGUUCGCUCAUGAAACCUUACACUGUUGUCCUGGCUGUUCCUCAUCACGUUCAACCCAACAGAUAGGAUUAAUGGAAUCUUUCACAUAAUCUAUUUCAUUGCAAACAUCCAUAUCAGUGAAUAAACUGUGAAAUCUAUUUUUAUAAUAGUC